AUGUCGCUUAUCACGCCAGAGAGAUUGCUAAAAAUAGCCUAUCAUUAUCCACAUAUUCACAAUACAUGGUAUUUAAUUGCUACAGCUACGUUGUUAGAGUUGAAUCUUGUUGAAGAGAUUCCAGCAGUUUUGCAUUUUGCUCUUAGACAGCAAUUGUUUGAAUUUUGCAACGAUGAAGAAAAAAUUAUAAGUGAUGAGUAUUUGUUAAGAUUAGCCGAGGAUUCGAUAUCGUCAAGCAAAGCUUGUGUCAAAAUGUAUUCUACAGGAGUGAAAAUUCCCGAUAUCUUGAUUCCUGUAACCUACUAUAAAAAGAUACCCUUGAAUUACAAGUAUAAUCGCGGAGAGGAUGUUUUGAAGAAACAACAAUUUAUUGUUAAUCAAAUGAGAGAAGUUAUUUUGAAACUCGUUUCGAUGGUGGGGUUACCCAAGGUGAUAAAUGCGUUAACGCUAUUAAGAGCAGCUACUCCAACUAGACUCGUUGAGAAUACCCCAAAAAGACCCAGUCAAAUAAACUAUUUUAACGGUGGUGGUGAGGAGAUAGCGGCGGCAGCAACAGACACAAUUGAUGGUCAAAUCACGCCCAAGUCAGUCAAUGUGAAACAAGUAAAGUCCGAUUUGUUAGAAGGAUCAAGAUUAUGGAACACGGUGUUUUCGAAAAACCUAGGUGUGAGAAUAAGGAAACAAAUGCUUAAUGCAUAUCCUGAUCUUUGGUACUAUAUUAACAAUCACGUAUACUCUUACUUGCUAAGUUAUAACCAUAUAUUAACAUCUAAAAAGACAUCCUUGGUGAUUAUUGCUUGUCUUAUUCCACAGGACGUUCAGCCUCAAUUAAAAGGGUAUCUCAAAGGUGCUUUGAACAAUGGUGCUACAAAGGAAGAAGUAAUGGACACUAAAAGUUUGGCAUUGGAAAUAUGUAAAUGGAAAACCGGUAUAGUAAGUAAACCCAACUUAUAA